CCCACAUAAUUUUCAUCUACAAAUUCUGCUUCUGGUCCAGUUCAACCAAGCAGCUUCACAUUUGCUGCAUUCGCUUCGCAUUUCACCCCCGACCUUACGCUUAAUCGCACAUCCUUGAACUCGGAGGAGAUCUGCUAGCACUAGACGCCAUGCUGAGGAAGCAGAUUGGUGGAUCUGGCCAGCAGCGGGCGGGCCUCCGACGGGUGAACCAAGGACCUGCGCGUCGGCGGUUGGCACCCUGCCGCGUGGCGGCCCCCGUGCAAACCUCGUCCUCCGUCGCCACAUUCAAUGGCUUCGUGGACUACAUUCACGGACUCCAGAAGAACAUUCUGAGCACUGCUGAGGAUCUGGAGAACGGCGAGCGGAAGUUUGUUGUUGACCGCUGGGAGCGCGACGCCAGCAACCCCAACGCCGGGUAUGGCAUUACGUGCGUGCUUGAGGACGGGAAGGUGCUGGAGAAGGCCGCAGCCAAUAUCUCAGUGGUGCGCGGGACGCUGUCGGCGCAGCGCGCAGUGGCCAUGAGCUCCCGCGGCCGCAGCAGCAUCGACCCCAAGGGCGGGCAGCCCUACGCCGCGGCCGCCAUGAGCCUAGUGUUCCACAGCGCGCACCCGCUCAUCCCCACGCUGCGCGCAGACGUGCGGUUGUUCCAGGUGGGCGAUGAGGCGUGGUACGGCGGUGGCUGUGACCUGACGCCCAACUACCUAGACGUGGAGGACUCGCAGUCCUUCCACCGCUACUGGAAGGACGUGUGCGGCAAGUACAAGCCGGGCCUGUACACCGAGCUCAAGGAGUGGUGCGACAGGUACUUCUACAUCCCGGCCCGCAAAGAGCACCGUGGCAUUGGCGGCCUGUUCUUUGAUGACAUGGCCACUGCGGAGGCGGGCUGCGAUGUGGAGGCGUUUGUGCGGGAAGUGGGAGAUGGCAUCCUGCCCUGCUGGCUGCCCAUCGUGGCGCGGCACCGUGGCCAGCCCUUCACGGAGCAGCAGCGGCAAUGGCAGCUGCUGCGCCGCGGUCGCUACAUCGAGUUCAACCUGCUGUACGACCGCGGCAUCAAGUUCGGUCUGGACGGCGGCCGCAUCGAGAGCAUCAUGGUGUCGGCGCCGCCGCUGAUCGCGUGGAAGUACAACGUGGUGCCACAGCCGGGCAGCCCCGAGGAGGAGAUGCUGAAGGUGCUUCAGCAGCCCCGCGAGUGGGCCUGAGCCUUGCAAACGCAACGCUUGUCUUGUGCGCGGAGUGUUGAGGCGGACGGGGUUUGAUUGUUUGCUGUACGGUUUGUUGGUCUGGGGAUUGGGGGAGAGGUGUGAGUGGCGCAAGCAGAAUGCUGUCGUGUUGUCUGUGACCCUGCGCCGCCGGCAGGAAGGAAGACGUUUGGUUGCCUUUGGCAGGAGGCCUUGGCAUUGUGCGUUGCGUGUUGUAUGGUAUCCAAAUAGAGUCGGGUCCAACUUCAAAGCCAUAGGACGGCCAGGGUUGUGACUGCGGUACGCACGCCUGCUACGAGCAGGGCGUGCAAAAGACGGCAAUAUUGUAACGACUGGAUGAG